AAACUGCAUGUUCACUGUACAUGCUGCUGUUCAAGCAGAGCCUCCCUCCCCCUGACUCGGCUCAAACAUGGCUCUGAGCCUCGGAGAAAUGCUGAAGUGGGUGAUCUUCAAGGUGGUCACGGGCUUCUUCUACAUGCUCUUUAAGAUGUUCGCACCCAGUAGAUCUGAUCUGGUCGGGAAGAAGGUCCCGCCCGUCAGCGACCCUCUGCUGCUGGUGUCCGCGAAGCAGCUCGCCUCAAAGAUCCGGAGAAAAGAGGUUACAAGUGUGGAGGUGGUGCAGGCUUACAUUGACAGGAUCCAGGAAGUCAACCCUCUUCUGAAUGCCAUCGUAAAAGAAAGGUUUGAUGCGGCCCUUCAAGAGGCGGCCCUGGUCGACAAGCUGAUUGAGGAGGAGACCGGAGGAGAGGAGGUUCUCGAGGACCGCUUGCCUCUGCUGGGAGUCCCUCUCUCUGUCAAAGAGUCGUAUGCUGUUCAGGGUAUGCCUUACACAGGAGGUCUGGUCUUCAGGAAAGACAUUGUAGCCACGGUCGACUCUCCUCCUGUGGCCUGGCUGAAGAGAGCAGGUGCCAUCCCGAUUGGUGUCACCAACACCCCUGAGCUGUGUAUGUGGGGCGAAUCCCACAACCACCUGUACGGCAUCACCAACAACCCAUACGACCUGUCGAGGACAGCAGGAGGGAGCUCAGGCGGGGAGGGCAGUAUCCUGGGCGGAGCGGGCUCUGUCAUCGGCAUUGGAUCCGACAUCGCUGGCAGCAUCCGUAUGCCGUGUUUCUUCAACGGGAUAUUCGGCCACAAAACGACUCCUGGCGUGGUGACCUCUGAGCACCAGUACCCUCCCAGCACCGGCAGACAUGAGGAGUAUGUUAGCAACGGUCCCAUGUGCCGCUACGCCGAGGACCUGCUGCCAGUGCUCAAAAUCAUGUCAGGGCCCAACGCUCACAUGCUGAACUUAGACGAGAAGGUCGACCUGAAGACGCUGCGGUUCUUCACCAUCCCUCAUGACAGUGGAGCUCCUCUGGUGUACCCAGUCAGCAAAGAGCUCGUCGAUAUCCAGAAGAAGGUGGUGGAACGUCUGGAGGAAGACCUCGGGGUGAAAGUGGAGGUGGUGAAUUUCCCCGAGCUCCGCUACAGCGUCCAGAUGUGGAACACCUACAUGGGACUCCCCGACAAGAAUGGAAAGGCACCGGAGCCAUUUUAUGACAUUUUGGGAGAACCAGGACACCCUGUGAAGCCUAUGUGGGAGCUGCUGAAAUGGAUAUUGGGAAGAUCAACUCAUACCUUUGCCUCUAUCGGUCUGGCCCUGCAGGAGAUGACUAACUCCAAACCCUCAAAGUUCAUCAUCCAGCAGAAAGAGAAGCUGCAGAAGGAUCUGGAAGAGCUGCUGGGGACUGAUGGUGUUUUUCUGUACCCUACUCAUCCCAGGGCUGCUCCAAUAACCCACCACCCUCUCUUCAGACCCCUCGACUUCGCCUACACGGGUGUUAUAAACGUUCUCGGGCUGCCGGUCACUCAGUGCCCUCUGGGUCUGAAUGAGGCCGGUCUCCCCAUCGGUGUGCAGGUUGGUGCUGGGAAGAUGCAGGACCGCCUGACUCUGGAGGUGGCUCUCUACCUGGAGAAGGCGUUCGGAGGCUGGAAGGAGCCUGAAGCCGCCUGAAACCACAAAACACAGACACACGAACACACACACACACCAACACCUGACAGCCAUGACCAAAUCUCCAGACUGGAGCUGAACAGAUAGAAGAGAAUGUUGAGAGCCGCGCUGCCUGUCGUAGUACACAUAGGUACUAUCCGAUUGUUGAAUGUGAGCGUUUAAGAGAUUACUUUUUCAUGAAUGAAUAAGAGAUUUUAUCUUUUUAGUGGUUUAGAUGCUGCUCAUGAGCACAAGCUUUAAAAGUAGAUUUUUGUUUAGCAGAAAUAUAUUAAAUUGCACAUUCCCUUUAUCAACAAAACUGUUUUAUUACCAUGUAGAUCAACUACUAUUUCAAUUUGAAAAGAUCAGCUCACGUCAAGACGAAGCUUUCAAACGUCCCGAACACUCACACACGUUUCCUUUGUUCAAACUCAGCUGAGCGUUAGCUGCUGUUACCUGACUCUAUAUACAUUAAAGAAUCAUAAAGGUGUAACCUGAUCCGGCACGUAAAGGUGCAACUAAUCCAGGGAUGACAAUCAUGUAGUGGUGAGAAUAACAGAACACCUGUGUGGAUGUUUACUCUGAAUGUAUAGGGAGCGUUGCUAAAGAUACAGUGAAGUGAUGCAGGUCAGAAGACAUAAAGAAAUGGUUCAAUCCACUUACAGAAACGUGCAAAACCUAAGCUGUGUGGUAAUGUUGCAUAAUGGUGCCUGUUUUCUGCUGCAAACUGUUGUUUCAGACGAUUAAAAGAGAAAACAUGUCCGAA